GAACCAACAGCCUGGCAACUUCUGCGGUGUUCCCAAAGCAACCAAAUUGUCAUUCAAGAAUGAUUCUAAUAUUUUAAACGAUAACUGACGAGACGGGAUUGUGGCAGGAGUCUGAAGUGUAACUGUUGGAGCCAUAACUCUCCUGAUGGGAGCAGCCACACAUUAAACAGAAGAAGAAGCAGCUGCAACAGGAGGUUUAGCUGGGAGGACAUGGCGGACGUCAGCAGGUUACAAGCUAUCGCCUAAACGCCUAAACAACAGGGAAAGCGAAACCGAAGACUAGAGGCGGCUGCAGGAGGACCUUAAUUUAGUUUAAUGUUACAUGGAUAGCCGGAGCUCCUCAGGACUGUUCGCCCUCCACUGAACCUGCAUGGCGUCCACUCAAGUCCGGCUAGGCCAGCAGGCCUUAGCGGUACUUGAUGUGGCUCUGCGAGUUCCCUGUAUCUUUAUUAUCGACGCCAUUUUUAACUCUUAUUACGACCCAGGUUCGGGAUGGGCCGGGGCGAUGGGGAAGGUGUUGGUCAAAGUCAUUGGUAUCCUCAUCUCCAGCAUGGUGCUGCUGCUCUCUCAGAAAGCCUUGUUCAAGUUCUACACCCUCUUCUUUGCUGUGCUCCUCGGCAUGGCAGCGGUGCUCAUCAACUACUACGCCACCUCUCACAUAGACUUCUACAGCGCCUACUACAAAGCGGCUCUGGGCUUCAGACUGGUGCCUAGAAACGGGCCGACGUUGUGGCUGGGCAUGGCUGGCAUCCAGCUUGUUUUUGGAGUGGGCUACGUGUUCCUUCUCAACCUCCAGUCGGUGUUCGCUGCUCUGGUGGUGCUGGACAUCAUGAUCCCUCUGUGGGGGCUGAUGAUCGAGCUGCCCGUGGACGUGCGGCAGCUGGUGGCCGUGUUCUCGGGCCUGGCGCUGGCGCUCAACACGGCCGUGUGCCUGGCCAUGAGGCUGAAAUGGUUUUACUACUCGUGCCGGUACGUCUACCUGCUGGUGCGCCACAUGUACCGGAUCUACGGGCUGCAGCUGCUGCUGGAGGACACCUGGAAAAGGAUCAGAUUCCCAGACGUGCUGCGGGUGUUCUGGCUGACCCGGGUCACGGCCCAGGCGCUGAUCCUGGUGUACGUGGUGCGGGCCGUGAGGAGGGAGAGCGGAGACGCUACAGGCAGUCUGACAGACGGAGGCUCCGACUCACAGGGUUACCUGCUGAGCUGGGAUGUGUUCUGGGAUCUGACCAGUAACCUGAUCAUCUCCGGCUGUGACUCCACGCUCACCGUGCUGGGGAUGAGCGCUGUCAUCUCCUCUGUGGCACACUACCUCGGCCUCAGCAUCCUGGCCUUCAUAGGCUCGACGGAGGAGGAGGACAAGCGUUUAGGCUUCGUAGCUCCUGUUCUGUUCUUCAUCCUCGCCCUGCAGACCGGCCUCAGCAGCCUGGACCCUGACGAACGCCUGGUGCGCCUGAGUCGGAACAUGUGCCUUCUGCUGACCGCCAUCCUGCACUUCAUCCACGGCAUGACGGACCCCGUCCUGAUGUCCCUCAGCGCCUCCCACGUCUCCUCGUUCCGCCGCCAUUUCCCCGUCCUGCUGGUGUCCUCUGCGCUCUUCGUGCUCCCGGUGGUGCUCAGCUACGCCCUGUGGCACCACUACGCCCUCAACACCUGGCUGUUCGCCGUCACCGCCUUCUGCGUGGAGCUCUGCCUCAAGGUGGUGGUGUCCCUGACCGUCUACAGCCUCUUCAUGGUGGACGGCUUCUCCAACGUCCUGUGGGAGAAGCUGGACGACUACGUGUACUACGUUCGCUCCUCGGGCAACAUCAUCGAGUUCCUGUUUGGCGUCAUCAUGUUUGGCAACGGCGCCUACACCAUGAUGUUCGAGUCGGGCAGCAAGAUCCGCGCCUGCAUGAUGUGCCUACACGCCUACUUCAACAUCUACCUGCAGGCCAAGAACGGCUGGAAGACCUUCAUCAACCGCCGCACGGCCGUCAAGAAGAUCAACUCGCUGCCGGAGAUGCGCGGCGACCAGCUGAGGGACAUCGAGGACGUGUGCGCCAUCUGCUACCAGGAGUUCGCCACCUCGGCACGCAUCACUCCCUGCCACCACUACUUCCACGCGCUGUGCCUGAGGAAGUGGCUCUACAUCCAGGACACGUGCCCCAUGUGCCACCAGAGGGUGUACGUGGAGGACGAGAGCCGGGACAGAGCGGCGUUCUCCAACAACAACGGGGGCUACGCAGCGCCGCAGGACGUCGCUGCUGAGGCAGAGGGGGGGGGGCCAGCACGGACAAGAGGACGCAGAGCUGCCGGGGGAGGGAGGGGCAGCGGGGGGGCAGGCUGCGGGGGAGCCGGACAACGAGCUGCUGGAGGACAACGACAGCAUAGAGUACGACGAGGACGAGUGGGGGACGCAAAACGGCAACGCACACAUAGAAGAAGACUAUAUCAACGACGACACAGACUCCACCGAGGACUGACAGCAAGAGAUCUAUAGAGAGAAAUAUACAUAUAUCUUUAUUAUAUUUAAGUUAAAAAAUAAUUAUAAAACACUAUCUUAAUUUGUUCCCCAAAAAUGUCAGGGAUAUCAUUCUCCGUUUCCUCGUUAGUCUCUUUUUGAUUUGGGUUUGACUCGAUAAGGGCUCAUGGAAAGUGUGUGUGUGUGUGUGUGUGUGUGUGUGUGUGUGUGUGUGUGUGUGUGUGUGUGUGUGUGUGU